AUGCAUCCUGAUGUGGACAAGCUUGUACAUAACCAACACCAGAUGGCGCUUGCAACUUUCAAAGUUCCUCCUAGAAGUGAGUACUGUUGGAAUAAGCAUUUGGAAAGAAAACCUUCCAUAAGGAGACGUGUAUUUGUGCAAACUGAAAGUGGAUCUGUAUUGGGUAUAGAGCUAGAUAGCAGCGACAAUGCCCAUACGGUGAAGAGGAAACUACAAGUUGCCCUUAAUGUCCCAACUGAUGAAAGCUCAUUGGUAUAUGGUGAUAUGGUGCUGAAGGAUGAUCUAAGCGCAGUGAGAAAUGAUUCUCCGCUUCUUCUUACUAGGAACUUGUUGCACAGAAGCUCAUCUACUCCAUGUAUGUCGCCAAAUGCAAGGGAUCUCCAACAGAGGGAUCAAAGUGGUCCUAUUGAGAUAUUAGGUUGCUCAUUUCAAAAUGCUAAAACUGAAGAACUAGUGAUGGAUAUUGUGAAGGCAAUAAAUAAUGGCAUUGAUCCAGUCCCUGUCCGUGGUGGUCUUGGUGGUGCAUAUUACUUUAAAAACAUCUAUGGUGAAAAUAUUGCUAUCCUAAAACCUACUGAUGAGGAGCCCUAUGCCCCUAAUAAUCCAAAAGGUUUUGUGGGAAAAGUACUUGGGCAACCAGGCCUCAAACGUUCAGUGCGAGUUGGAGAAACAGGUUUUCGAGAAGUUGCAGCAUACCUUCUGGACUAUGAUAAUUUUGCUAAUGUGCCCUCUACUGCUCUUGUUAAGGUCACACAUUCAAUAUUUAAUGUCAAUGAUGAGGUCAAGGGUAACGUGCAUCGAAAUGGUAGGCAGGUUAGCAAGAUUGCAUCUCUGCAGCAGUUCAUUUCUCAUGAUUAUGAUGCUAGUGAUCAUGGGACAUCUAGCUUCCCUGUUGCUGCUGUGCAUAGAAUAGGAAUUCUAGAUAUUCGGAUUCUAAACACAGACAGGCAUGCUGGUAAUCUUCUGGUCAGGAAGCUUGAUGGGGUCGGAAGUUUUGGACAGGUGGAUCUUGUUCCCAUUGAUCAUGGUUUUUCUCUACCUGAAUGCUUGGAGGACCCGUACUUUGAGUGGAUUCAUUGGCCACAGGCAUCAAUCCCAUUCUCAGAAGAUGAGCUUGAGUAUAUUGAUAAACUUGACCCUUUUUAUGACUCUGAAAUGCUUAGAAUGGAGCUGCCCAUGAUUCGAGAGGCAUGUGUUCGAGUAUUGGUUCUCUGCACAAUUUUCCUCAAGGAAGCUGCUGUUUUCGGUCUUUGUCUUGCUGAGAUUGGUGCAAUGAUGAGUAGGGAGUUUCGGGGUCUCGAAGAGGAACCAAGUGAGCUCGAGCUAAUCUGUAUGGAAGCCAGGAAACUCGUAGAGGAGAAGAAAAUGCACAAAUUUGAAACAAAGAUAAGAGAUGAAGAAGACUUUCAAUUCCUCAUAGACAGCAAGGAACAUGAUUUGGAUUUGAUGUCAAAUAUGAAAGAGUUAUCGGUAAUUAGAACAUGUCAUUCCACAUCAAAAGGACAAAAUGACAGAACAUUACUUUGUAAACUAGAGGAUAGUGUGGAGGAGAAAGAUGAAGGGUGCGAAGAGGAUAAGGUGUCUCCAAGGUCAGAUGAAUAUACUGACAUUGUGAAGGAUCAUGUGUCAAGUGCUUCAAAACUAUCAAAGUUUUCAAAAAGCAUGAACAUUGAUGGGAAAAUCAGGCGACGCGAGGGUGCAAAUGCAAUGCAAAAGCCUAGCUAUUUAGCUGGUCCAUCGUUGCGGAACAAGAGUGUGAAUGAACAGCUUCCUGUGAGUAGUAGUUUUGUGAAGCUAGCAGAUUUGAAUGAAGAAGAUUGGAUGCAGUUUCUUGAUGACUUUUGGGGACUGCUUUGCCCGGCCUUUGCUAAUAGAAAAACUGGGAGCUUUGGUCAGAGGCAGAGACAGAGACUUGGAACCUCAUUCUAGAUUUGAGAGUUGAUGUAGUAUCGGAUAAAGUAAGUACAGACUUAUAAAGACUUGUAAAUUGUGGUAGCCAGAGUCUGUAAUUUGUACCCUUUAGGCGUGUAUAGGGUUUUCCUGCAAGAGAUAUGGAUGACAGCAUUAGGAGUUGGAUACUAAUGGGAAUUAUACUAAGCCACAUGACAAUAGUUUGUGUCUUUUGGCUAGUGGAGAUGAAAACUUUGUUUUCUUUUUUACCCUUUUUUCGUUCAACCAGUGCUGUCAUCAGCAGUUAGAUUACGUUGGAAUAAGGCUGAAAAGAGGGAAUGCCACCCCCCCAAAAAAAUGAAGUAUAUAUAUAUGUAUAUAUUGUAAUGUUGUUGGAGAUGCUAUGUAUGUAUGUAUGUAUAUGAGAGCCUCUAUGGUUUUUUUA